CCGGCGAGCGAGAGCUUACUCACCAACUCGCUAAGUACAGUACAUCAGCAGUACACUACUCGCGGCGCACGCUCGAGCUCGCUAGCGACAGUCGUCCGUCAGAGCUCACCGUCAUCCAUGGCUCUCCAGCUCCUCCCCUCCACCCUCUCCGUCCCCAAGAAGGGUAGCAGCAUGGGCGCGGUGGCAGUGAAGGACACGGCGGCGUUCCUGGGCGUGAGCAGCAAGGCGAAGAAGGCGUCGCUAGCGGUGAGGACACAGGUGGCCACGGCGCCUUCGUCGGUGACGACGAGCCCGGGCUCGGCGACGGCGAAGCCGAGCGGCAAGAAGACGCUGCGGCAGGGCGUGGUGGUGAUCACGGGCGCCUCGUCCGGGCUGGGUCUGGCGGCGGCCAAGGCGCUGGCAGAGACGGGCAAGUGGCACGUGGUCAUGGCGUGCCGCGACUUCCUCAAGGCAUCCAAGGCGGCCAAGGCGGCAGGCAUGGCAGACGGCAGCUACACCGUCAUGCACCUCGACCUCGCCUCGCUCGACAGCGUCCGGCAGUUCGUGGAUGCGUUCCGCCGCGCAGAGAUGCCGCUGGACGUGCUCGUGUGCAACGCCGCCAUUUACCGCCCCACGGCGCGCACGCCGACCUUCACCGCCGACGGGCACGAGAUGAGCGUGGGCGUGAACCACCUCGGCCACUUCCUGCUCGCCCGCCUCCUCAUGGAGGACCUCCAGAAGUCCGACUACCCGUCCCGCCGCAUGGUCAUCGUCGGCUCCAUCACCGGCAACAGCAACACGCUGGCGGGCAACGUGCCGCCCAAGGCCAGCCUCGGCGACCUCCGCGGGCUCGCUGGCGGCCUCAGCGGCGCGUCGGGCUCCGCCAUGAUCGACGGGGACGAGAGCUUCGACGGCGCCAAGGCGUACAAGGACAGCAAGGUGUGCAAUAUGCUCACCAUGCAGGAGUUCCACCGGCGGUACCACGAGGAGACCGGCAUCACCUUCUCCUCGCUCUACCCCGGCUGCAUCGCCACCACGGGGCUGUUCCGGGAACACAUCCCGCUGUUCCGGACCCUGUUCCCGCCGUUCCAGAAGUUCAUCACCAAGGGGUUCGUGUCCGAGGCGGAGUCCGGCAAGAGGCUGGCGCAGGUGGUGGCGGAGCCCAGCCUGACCAAGUCCGGCGUGUACUGGAGCUGGAACAAGGACUCGGCGUCGUUCGAGAACCAGCUCUCGCAGGAGGCCAGCGACCCCGAGAAGGCCCGCAAGGUCUGGGAGCUCAGCGAGAAGCUCGUCGGACUCGCCUGAUCUCCGGCCACGUCCGGGCAAUGCAUGCAUCUAGGAUGGGACGCCGAUCGAUGCUGAACUUGUCGCAUUUUUAACGUUGGUAAUUAUCAUUUUUACGCCUUUUUUAGAAACUCAAUUACGCGGGAGAGGCCUUGCGAGUGUCGGCGAGAGUGCAUAGAUCUCGUGUGGAAGAUGUACAAUUUUCGGCCAACCAUGAAUAAUAAAACCGCAGGCCUAAUUGAGGAUGA